UCACCGGCAUCAUGCGCGCGCUGCACACGCUUCUGAUCGCUCAUCUCCUGGCGUGUCUCGGACCAAACGCCGAUGGGAGCAAAAUCAUAAAUGGGACCAAGGCCGCGAAGAACUCGAUGCCGUACAUGGCCGCGUUGUUGAGCGGGUCCGCAGUGGCGUGUGGAGGGUUCCUGAUCCGGGACGACUUCGUGCUCACCGCCGCACAUUGUGUCCAUGUCACGCACGUUGUUCUCGGCACCAACAACGUACGCGACGGUGAUGGAUUGAAAUUAUCCAUCGUCAAGGCCAUCAAACACGAAUGCUACGAUAGCAAUAACUUAAAGAAGGGUUGGGACAUCAUGCUCCUCAAACUGCAGACGAAGGUUCCGCUUGGCGGCAAGAUAAAAACGAUCGAUCUUUCCACGACCGCGAUCGGACCUCGGGUGGAGUGCCAGGUGGCUGGAUGGGGCGCGAUCAAGAGCAACGGCGCCGUCGUGGACGAUCUGACAGUGGUGGACGUCUCCACCGUCGGCCUGAAGGCCUGUCAGGAUAAGUGGUUGCAGCUUUCCGACAAUGUUAUCUGUGCAGGCGGUCACGAUACGGGAAAAGGAUUCUGUCAGGGCGAUUCCGGUGGUCCUCUGGUGUGCAACGGGAAGGCUGCUGGGAUUGUGUCUUUCAACUGUAACAAACGCUGCGAUUACAAAGAGGACAGCGAAUUACCCAACGUGUACACCGAUGUGUCAAAGUACGUGGACUGGAUCAGAGAAAACAUCAUAGCCAACGAGUGAACAUCGUGCUCAGCUUAUGCUCACCGUGAUAUG